AUGCCAAACUCGCCCAAAGGCACAACGACGACCCCCGCUGCGCAGAAGGUGGAGGGCGAGGGAACUAUGGAUCCUGCCGCUAAGGCCAAGGAAACGAGGGGCAACAAGAGACGCUUCAGACGAAUUCGGAAAGUAGUUGAGGCUGGUGUAACGACCCUCACAGAAGAAUGCCAGGCUUUUAUCGCGGAGCUGAUCCACCGCCGAAAAUGCGACCCGGAUGCAACCGGAAUUGACAAAUUCGUACAUAAGCUAGGGACCCAGAUCACCAACAGAACGCAGGCGCUCACCUACCGGAUGGUAGAAUGGCACCUCAAACGGAAGAACUUUGAGCUGGUGGAGAAAAUCCCGGGGGAAAAGCUCGCAUAUAUGAACCGAGACUCUGGGGAUGUCUGGCUUUGGCGCUCACCUAGCGCCGAAGAGCCCAAUGAUAAGAAAUAA